AUGACGCCGCCCGACUUCCUGCUGCGUGUGCCGCCGCUCAAGCUGCACGUGCGCAACGCCACCCAGACCAACGGCGAGCCAGCCGUGUACGAGCUGUUCUGCCGCCUCAACAAGUCGCGGGAGAAGCAGGACGAGCCCGUGGAGGUGGUGCAGUGGAGCCUAUGGAAGACGUACGAGGAGUUCCAGGCCUUCGACAACCAGAUGCGCGCCGCGCGCAAGUCCCCGUUCGCCAAGAUGAUGGUCACUGUCGCCUUCGCGCCGGGCCACCGCGUGCGCGCCUUCUUCCACCAGGACCAGACGCCUAGCUUCCUCGAGAAACGCCGCGCUGAGCUGGACUUUUACAUGCAGCGCGUCAUGCUGUUUCCGGAUGUCGUGGAGUUCUCCAAGCAGGGAGGGUGCAGGGUGCUCGCGGACUUCAUUGGCGCGGAGCAGCACAUGGACUGCAGCGGACUGCUGGGCCCCAGCCUGAACGUGUCCGGGGAGUUCUCCUCGUCGAGGGGAAUGCUGCGCGACUCGUCGGACUCGGACACCCGCACGUCGUGCGUGAGUGUCAAUGGCGCGGGGGACAAAGUGAACUCGCGCCGGAAGAUGUGCAGACUGGAGAUCGAGGAGGAGCUGGCUCUGCGUGGCGGAGCUCAUCAGCUGAAGCGGUUUAAGAAGCGCGCGCGCGUCUUCCGAAAGGAAAAUGACCCCGUCGCGGCUGCGGACCCGUUUGUGGAGUUCUUGCACAAGGAGUUCGAGCCGGACUUUGCUCUUUGGAUUCUGAGACGCUUCGUACGAUCGAUCAAGAGUGCUGAGAAGCGGAAGGCGCUGUGUGCCGCUGGUGGCAUUUCAAUGGCGUCUAUCGACGCUGAGGACUUGGAUGAGAGCAGGUCGCAGCGCCAGCACCAUCGCCUGAGUGUGCAGGAGGAGGAAGAGGAGGAUCGUCGAUCCAAGAAAUAUGGUACGUGGACGAGAGUCAUGACUUUGCCGUUGGGAAUGCAGAGGUUCUAA